AUGGCUGCUGCCCUUUCGGCGGACUCCCCUUCCGUGGAGGGAGAGCGUACGGGCGACGGGCUCCUUGUCCUGCGGGAGGUGACUCCCCAGGCAGUGGAAGCGCAACAUAUAAACGUCGACGUGGAGAGAGCCAGUCGUAAAAGAGACAACAGGAAAGUACUAAGUAGGAUAAAGAAAAACAUCCAUGAGAAGGGCCUCCAGAAGAAGCGAAUCGAUUACCUUGCUGUGGAUCCGAAGGAACUACCCCAGAAUUUCCCCAAAACGAAAAAAAUAAAAAAUAAAAAAAUCAAACUAAAGCUAAAGAGGGAUGUCAGUCUGGCCAUCUUAUCGUCAAGAAAGUUGCUGGCGAAUAGGAAGUUUAAGCCUGUGGAGGAGGGGUUCAUUCGAUUGGCAGGGGACCACGUGGGGGCGACACCAAGUGGGCCGCUCACCAAGAAGGGAGGGAAGUCCACUACUGGGAAGACCGGCAAAGGGAGGGAUUCUUCCAGUGGGAAAAGCAACAGAGGGGAAGAAUCUGCUAAUGGGAAGACCAACGAGGGGGAGUAUUCCUCCAAUGGGAUAACUAACGGGGGAGAGUCCCCUAUUUGCUCCUUCUCAGCGACACGGCGGCUCCUAACGCAGAAAGAACUUUACGCCCGAGCGGACGUAGGCACAAAAAAGAAAGUGCUAGACCUGAGGCUGAAUCUGGGACCCUACCGAUGCAGAUACUCACGAAAUGGAAAAUACCUGCUGGCGACUGGAGAGAAGGGGCACAUAACGCUGAUCGAUACACACAAUUUAGAACCAAUGUGCGAGUUAGAAGUGGAAGAAUCUGUCCGGUGCAGCACCAUCCUGCACAAUCACAAGCUGUUUGCAGUGGCUCAGAAGAAAUAUAUAUACAUCUACGACAACACAGGGAUUGAGGUCAACUGUAUUAAGGACAUCCUCUACUCCUAUCAGCUGGAAUUCCUUCCAUUUCAUUUUUUAUUAACCUCCAUUGGAGAGUUUGGCGAACUGGUUUAUCAGGACAUCUCCACGGGGAACCUCCUUACGAGAAAAAAAACGAAAAGAGGUCCUUGCAAGGUGAUGAAGCAGAACAAACACGACGCAACCAUCUACCUUGGUCAUAGAAACGGACACGUAACGGUCUGGACCCCCAAUAUAGACAAACCGGUAUGUGAUCUGUACUGCCACGCUACUCCCAUUUCGGCCGUAGCCGUUCAUAAAAACUACCUCGUCACCUCCUCUCUUGAUUGCACGUAUAAACUGUGGGAUCUGAGAAAACUACAGUUCAUUGAAUCGAAUCGCUCCCAUAAUGUGAUUAACGAGAUGGACGUUAGCGACACGGGGAUGGUUGCCAUGGCAAUAAACAGUCACUUUAGGACCUACAGCAAUUUUUUCAGCAAACCGAAGCUAUACCUAACACACAACACGUAUGGCGAUAAGAUAAACUCCGUAUCAUUUCAACCGUUUGAAGACAUAUGCUGCGUGGGGUCACGGUACUCCAUUAAGUCUCUUCUCAUUCCCGGGGCCGGACUCGCCAACAUCGAUACGUACGUUAAUAACCCAUACGAAACGAAGAAGCAGGUUCGAGAAAAUGAAAUAAGAUCCCUGCUGGAUAAGCUACCCCCAGAUACCAUCACGUUUGGGAAGGACCAGCUUGGACGGAUCAACCCGUUCGCUUCAAACGGGAGGCAGUCCAAGGUAGAAGAAGCAGCGGAGAAAGCAACGGAGAAAGCAGCGGCAAAAGGAGCAGCAGGAGGACGUGGUGAAGGGCCUCGCCACAAACCCCCUCGAGACAACCACACGCAGAUGAAACACCACACGGGGCACUCAUCAGAUGACGAACCGUCCGAUGAUGCCUCAGGUGCACGUAGGGCAGCACUCCAGGAGAGGACAGCAAUCCCCCAUGGAGGGAAGAAGAAGAAAAAGAAAAGCAGGAAAAAAAAAAAUAAAAAAAACGACUCCCUUUUAAAUUCGAACGUGCCCAAGUAUUUGCGCAAAAGCGCCAAAGAUAGAGCGGCCGAGCGCAAGGCAGCAGAGGGGGAUUAA